AAGUUGAUAAAGAUCAUUUGUCAUUUAAUGAGUUAGGAUUUAAUAAUGUAGAGGAGGCAGUCAAAGUUACCCCUUUUGUAUAUUUAACGACAUUUAUUAUUGCAAUUGGUGGAUUUAUGUAUGGGUAUAAUAGCGGAGUUAUUAGUGGUGCUAUGUUGUUAUUGGAAAAUGAUAUUCCUAUGACAAGUUUUCAAAAAGGAUUGGUUGUUGGAGUUGUUCAUAGUUUUAUGCAAUUACUUUUAACACAAAACGAUAAUUUAAUUGAUUCAUCUGUUGAAAUUACUGAUGACUCAAUAUUUUUGAGCGAUUCAGAUGAAAUUGCAUCGUCUCCUAUUAAUGUUCAUUUGUCUGAAGUCCAGAAAAUACUUGACGAUGAAGUUGAUGUUCAAAAACUUACAUCUCAAGAUAAUUUUCUUGAAAACAAAAGAAAAGAA